GGGAUGAUUUAGUAUAAAUUGGUGUGGAAAUGGUGAGAGAGUCACAGUUAGGAGCGAACUGUGGACGAUGAAGGCAAUACUGUGUGUGGUGCUGGGCCUAGCGGCCUUGGCCGCUGCCCAUGUGGUGUACGACGACCACACCAUUGUUAACAUGGACGUAAAGGAACGCCAAAUAUUUAUUCUGAAGCUGCUGAAUCACGUCAUGGAACCUGUCGUUUACAAGGAAAUCGAAGACAUUGGCAAGAACUUCAAAAUUGAAGACAACGUUGAACUAUACACGAAACAAGAUUGCGUUAAAACAUUCCUCACCAAUCUGAAGUUUGGAUUCUUGCCGCGCGGCGAAGUAUUCACGCUUAAUAUUGAACGUCAAAUGAAAGAAGUCAUCACGAUGUUCCACAUGCUGUACUACGCCAAGGACUUUGUCACCUUCAUCAAGACUGCAUGCUGGAUGCGUAUGUACCUCAACGAGGGUAUGUUCGUCUAUGCCCUCACCGUCGCAGUCAGACACCGUGACGACUGCAGGGGCAUCAUUCUCCCACCUCCAUAUGAAAUCUACCCUUACUACUUCGUCCGUGCCGAUGUCAUCCAAAGAGCUUACAUGCUGAAAAUGAAGAAGGGACUCAUUGAUCACAAGCUGUGCGACUUAUAUGGCAUCAAGAAAACUGACAAGGACGUAUUCAUUAUCGAUGAGAACGUCUUCGACCGUCGCCACUACUUGAACGAUGAAGACAGACUCAGAUACUUCACAGAAGAUAUCGACCUCAACACCUACUACUACUACUUCCACGUUGAUUAUCCGUUCUGGAUGAAGGAUGAAGUGACCCACAAGUUUAUGUUCAGACGCUGGGAGCUCACUCUAUACGUAUACCAACAGAUCCUUGCCAGGUAUUACAUGGAACGUCUUUCCAACGGACUGGGUGACAUCACUACAUUCUCAUGGCAUAAGCCUAUCAGAAAGGGAUACUGGCCUUGGUUGAUGCUACACAAUGGUGUUGAAUUACCAGUAAGGUUUAACAACUAUGUGUUCAAUGAUGACAAAAACGUUGGCGUUAUAAAUCUUGCUCAAGAUUAUGAAAGAAUUAUCAAUGAAGCUAUUAUCAAAGGAUACGUUGAGAUCAAUGGCCUAAGAUUCGAACUUACCAAAACUGAUGACGUGGAGACGCUAGGAAAGCUUAUUUAUGGUACCAUUGACAAGCAUGAUAUUCACAAGACUAGGUUAACGGCCUACAGAUACAUGCUUAUUAUGAUGAAAGCUGUUGUUGGUCUUAACUACUUCACAAAUGACAAGUACUUCGUGAUGCCAACAGUUCUUGACCACUACCAGACGGCUCUACGAGACCCAGUCUUCUACCAACUGCAGAAACGCUUAUGUUACCUCUUCAUGCUUUUCAAAAUGCGCCUCCCUAGCUACACUCACGAGGAUCUCUUCUUCCCUGGUGUCAAGAUUGAUAACAUUGUUGUCGACAAACUCGUUACCUACUUCGAUGAUUACUUCAUGGAUAUGACAAAUGCAGUCACUCUUAACUACGAUGAACUUAAAAAGACGAAAUCUGACAUGGUCUUCUUCGUCCGUAAACGCCGUCUUAAUCACCAUCCAUUCAAAAUCGUAUUCGACGUUAACUCGGACAAGGCUGUCGACAGUGUUGUCAGGAUAUUCCUAGGCCCGAAGGUGGACCAUCUCGGACGUUUGAUUGAUCUCAACAAGAACCGCGUCAACUUCGUGGAAUUGGAUUCCUUCCUCUACAAACUGAACACCGGCAAGAACACUAUCACCAGAAACUCUUACGAUAUGCAUAACCUCGUGCGCGACCGUGUUAUGACCCGCGAUCUGUGGAAGAAGGUUGACACCAUCACUGACGUAAAAGAUCUGUUGAUCAAGGACCUCAGGAACUACCACACUGGAUUCCCCACAAGGCUCCUUCUGCCCAAGGGUCACGUUGGUGGUAUGAAAAUGAUGCUCUACAUCAUCGUCACACCAUUGAGAAUUGUUGAUGGAGUUGACGUUGGAAUUUUGGACACCAACCGUAAAGAUCUCUUCGUUGACUUUAGAUCAACUGUUCUUCUUGACAAGAUGCCUCUCGGUUUCCCCUUCGAUCGUCAUAUCGACCUCACUAAGUUCUUCACGCCGAACAUGAAGUUCCUCGACGUCUUCAUUUACCACAAGAAGCAAGUCUGUGACAUGAAGACCCGCUGGGAUCGCUACGUGCUCAAGAACUACGAUAUGGUCGACAGAACAACCGUGCUCGAUGACUUCAAAGAUGUUGACAUCGAAACCACAGUUGGUGGAAAAAUUAAAGACUUUUACUGAACAAACAUUAAAUAAUAAUGAUCUGAGAUAAAAGCAUAGCAUAUAAAAAAUAAAUAAAGAAUAUUAUGAUAAUUUA